CCUGCUAGAGCGCGAUUGCAAGCUAGUGCUCUGCUCGCACUUAGGACGCCCCAAGGGCCAGUUGUCGAAUCGCUGCGACUGGCACCAGUGUCGCAGCGGGUAGGGCAGCUUCUAGGCAUCCCUGUGAAGCAGUGCCUGAAUACGACAGGCAAUGAGGUUCGAGCGGCGGCUGAUUCACUCGCACCAGGUGAAGUGUUGAUGCUUGAGAACACGCGCUUUCAUCCCGGUGAAGAGGGCAACGACGCAGAAUUCGCGCGCGAACUGGCAUCGCUGGCGACGCUGUACGUCAACGAUGCAUUCGGAGCGGCGCACCGGGCGCAUGCAUCGACAGAGGGGGUCGCGCGAUUCCUUCCAUCCGUGGCCGGACUGCUUAUGGAGAGGGAGCUGCGUUUCCUCGGGAGCGCGCUGGAUGCGCCGCGCCGGCCAUUUGCCGCGAUACUGGGCGGCGCAAAGGUGUCGGAGAAAAUCCGAGUGCUGGAAAAUUUGGCAGGCAAGGUUGAACUCCUGCUAAUAGGGGGAGGCAUGGCGGGGACAUUCAUCAAGGCGCUCGGGCACUCGGUCGGCGAUUCGCUGGUCGAGGAUGACAGAGUGUCGUUUGCCAGAGUCCUCAUUGAACGGUCGAGGCAGGGUGAAGUGAAGCUAAUGCUGCCCGAUGAUGUUGUGGUCGCUGAUGAGUUCGCCGAGGACGCCAACAAGCUCACGGUUGCCGUUGAUUCGAUUGCGAGCGGCUUUAUGAUCAUGGACAUUGGGCCGAACACUGGGCGGCGAUACAGCGAGGCACUUCGGAACUGCAAGACGGUGAUGUGGAACGGGCCGAUGGGCGUCUUCGAGUGGGAGGCGUACUCGCAGGGGACGCGCACGAUAGCCGAGACCCUUGCAUCGCUUGAUGACGCGACGACUGUGCUGGGGGCGGUUCCACGGCAGAGGCGGUUUCGGCGCUGGACUUGUCGGACAAGAUGA